AUGUCGAGCACGAGCGGCCUGGAAAUUUUCGAGGAGUUGCCCCGAAUCCUGGAUGACCCACGGCGGCUGACGCAAGCCGCCGAGCUGUUUGAGCAGCUGAAACGGUUGUGUCGGGAGUCAGCAGCUGCCCUCCAACAUGUGAUGAGAUUCGCCACUGCUGAGCAGCCAGCUGUGCAACACUUUGCCUUGAAAUUAUUGCUUAGCUGGGUUCAACCAAGAGCCCGCCAUGAAUUUCCUUCGGAAUGGCUGGCCCUGAAAACUUGGUUGCUCCAAAGCAUGCAAAAAGAUUGGUCCUCAGCUCCCGUCUUUGUUCGCGGCAAGUUGGCCGAUGUCAUCGUCAACGUGGCCAAAGUGGAAUGGCCCGGCGCAUGGCCGGAACUCAGCAGUGCACUGUUUGGGGAGCAAACUUUAAGUUCAACCUUGUUGAAGCUGAGCAUUUGGACUCGCUUUUGUGAAUGCUUGGGCGAAGAUGCCAAAGAUCUCACUGCUGAAAGGCGAAGGGAGAUUUCGCAGGGCAUUGGAAAGCAUUUCGAAGAACCCCCUGAGGCGCCUAUCUUUGUUGCAAGUUUGCAGCAAUCCCUGCAACACUUCGGAGCAGAUGGGAGAGUGCUCAGGGAGGUCCUGCAGCUCUGCCGAGCCUUACCCAAUGCAGUGACGGUGAAGCUCUUGCUGAAGAACCACUUCGACAAGAUUGUGAAGGUGGGCUUAACCUCCGAGCUGAAAGAGUUGGCUCUCACAGCCCUGGCCGAAUGGGCUGCACAGCUUGCUUCGAAUCCCAAGCAGGGCAUUCCGGCAACUCAUGACCUCUGUAGGUUCACUGACCUCCUGAUGCAACUGGUAGACAGCUGCAAGUUUGAUGUGGAAGAUCCUUCCAGCUACAACAGUCACCAGCAAGUGGCGCGACUCUUCUGUGAUCUGGCGACUCAGAAUGCCUCCAGUCUCACCUCCGCCAUGCCAGCAGCUGAGCUCACGCGAAUCUGGUUGGCCCUGAUACGUUUACUUCGCUAUCCGUCAGCUGGGAUCCAGGCAGAUGCCUUGACCGGCAUGGUAACCCUCACCCGGCAGGGCUUAGGUGCCACAGGGACGGUAAGGAUGGACCUGGAGCAAUUGACCGGUGUGUUGCAUGUGCUUUCCUUGAAGAUCAGCGAGGGCGAAAAGAUGGGGGAACAGGGCAAUCCGUCCCUUUCCAACGAUCGCUCGGCGUGGCUUCUCCGGUGUUUGGGACCAAUUUCGGGGCAGCAAAAUUGCCAAACCUUUGCUGGGUGGUGCCAUGGGAUGAAAAUCUCGGCCAGUUUUGACAUUUUGGAGACAGACUUUUCGGGUCAACAGAUCCAAGCCCAGCGCUUGGGGAGGGUGAAAGUUCACAGCAAAGAGUUGCUAAGUGAGAUCUGCCGCCGUGCGCCGCAGUCAGGGGCCAAAGUUUCCCCUGAGAAUUGCAACUUUAGCGCCUUGUGCCGUGUUGCUGGGGGUCUUGUGGCUAGAUCCUUGGCUGGAGAUGAGAUGGACAUGGGAUCCAUGCAGAGUUGGGUGGAGGAGUUUGACAGUGCCAUUUCCUUAGUGGAAAGUGCUGCCUCUGCAGCCCUGAAGUUGGCUGAAAAGGAUGGGCCUCCACAAUUUUUGGAGGCCGUGGUACAGUCCAUGCUGGCAUUUUUGCAACAGGUCUGUGUAAAAACUGCAGAGUCUCCAACCAUUGAACGCCGCAGGUUGGAGUUCUUGUCGGCUUGUAGUGGCUUCUACAAACAUUGGCCCCAAGAAGUUCUGCGAGAUGUGCUGGCACGUGUGGUGGCACAUAUUCGUGCAGAGCAAAGUCCUGUGACCAGGGGAAUCAAACUCGAACAGAGAGCUUUGGAUACACUUGUGGCGAUUAGCAAGAGCGGAGUCUUGAAAGCUCAACACCUGGAGUCUUUGAACGGCGAAUGUAACGACCUGGCACAACGGGUUUCAUCCGCUUCAGGGCGAAGUAAACUCGUUGAAGCGUUGCUGCUGGCAGUGGCGUCAUGUGAAGAUUUGGAGCGGCCACGAAAGGUUCAAUUGGUACAUGGUAUCAUGGAACAGGUCACAACAGCUUGGCAUUCCUGUGAUUUGGUGCAAGCAGCCAGUCCACACACGCUUUUAGAGGUGAUCUCCACUGCUGCCACGACGGUUGGUCCACCUGGUCCUGUUUGGGAGGAGGGCCAAACAUCUGGCCUGGGGAAGCUUAAAGACGUGAAGACCAUGCUCUCUACCUUCGGAGCCAUCUCCCGCACGGGAUCCGGCGAGUUCGGUGACGCGUUGGCGGAUGGCGUUGUGAUGGACUGGGCACCCGGCAUCUUUCGAGUGCUGCAAGCCGUGUGUCAGCUCUAUGUCUUCGCAGCGAACAGCGACAACCAGCUGCUCAGAAUCUUGGUACUGGUCCCGGGUCGCAGCGAGAUCGAGCAAAUGACCGGCCGCGUGAUGGCUUCGGAGGAAGAGGACGAGUUGGCGAAACAGUUCUCAGGCGGCAUUGAUCCUAAGUUGGCGGCGGCUAUCCGCUCCAUCCUCUACGAAUUCCGCAUGUUUGCAACCAAAGCAGCCAAGGCCUGCUUGGCCUUCAAGAGUUUUUGGAGCUUGCCCAAUUCCUCGCAGUGGUUGAAGGAGACGGCCGCACACUUGCGUACAGUGCGACCGCACGUUGCCGAGUUGAUGCUGCGGGAUAUUUUCUUGCCACUGGUGAAAAGCCAGAAUCAUUUGAAUGAUCCUGCAGUUGCAAGCGUGAGCAAAGUCUAUAUGCCGAGCCUCCUCUCUGCCAGCUCCUCCUUGUUGCGCGAGCUCUGGGGUUUGAAGCCAUCGAAACUAGAGGCGAAUGGAGUGACUGGACCAGAUCCUUUGCCCAGAUUUGAGAAACUGGAGCCUGCACAUGCAUCCUCUGUAGUGUCCUUCACGCGCACCUGUAGCCACUUGAUCUCUGCUUUCAUAGGUACAGAGUUGCCACAGGCUGGUCAGUUGGAAGACCCUGAGAAGAAUUUCUUGUCGAAAAAACGGCCGGCCCAGACUGCUGCGCCAAGUUCUGUGGUGUCCAAUCCGCGAAAAAGGCGAAAGAAUCGCAACAAGAACAGCUUCUCAGCACUGGAAUCCAAGGAGGAUGAGCCAAUUGCGGAAGCCGAGACUGGAGCCUCAAGCGGCUCAAGCGCCUCGGUGAGCCGUCGGCCUGCACUGGUCUUGGCCAUGAUGAGGGAGAAGACCUUGCGCGAGGCGCUGCUGAACUUUCUGGCAGAUCUUCUGCUGAUCCCCGAUCCUGAGACAGUGACGCGCGCCUUAGUGGGGCUAACGUCCUGGUCUGCGCAGCUCUGGAACAUGGUCAUCCACGGAGAGGAUCUGUCAAGUUUGUCCUUGGGCACUGCUGAGAAUCACCGCCCCGAAGUGGGAGAAAUUCUUCACACCGCUGGCGAUGUGCUACGGGUCAUUCCCAAAGGCUUGCUGCAACCGCUUUGUCGCUUGGCGACGCGGCCGGUGUCCGAGCAGUUCACAGAGUGCCUGAAGGAAAGUUUGUUGGAAGGCAUGGUGCGACAUCCUUGGAACAGUUUCUCAGCUUGCAGCUGGUUGGAAGCGACGCGCUGUCCAUCCAGCCUGAUCUGCGAGUUGACCUGUCCCAUCUUCACAGCCCUGACCGCCUUGGUCAGGCUCUUCAAACUGCAAUGUCGCAAGCUGGAGGUGUCAGCCGAAGCAGCCCAGCUCUACCUGACUCCAGCCUUAGUGGAGGCCUUGCGCGUUUUGGCGGAGAUGCCAAACACCAGCCAAGAUGAUGUUGACACUUUGCUGGUGACCCUGCUGGACGACAAGAAGGGCAGCACCAAAGAUUUCCAGCGAGGAGCCUUGCGCGCGCUGCUCUUCGAAGCUUCGCCUGCCUUCUCAGACAGUCAUGAACAAGAUCCUAUGGGAAAAGCGCUGCUGUCGGGCCUGGAUUAUGUCACCAUGAACGAGCGGAUUUCUCUGGUGAUGUCAGCCAUGGGCGGUUCGGCGUCCACAGAGAUCGGUGGCGUGCGCGUCUUCAAGGUGAGUCCUGGGAGCCCUGCUGCCGAAGCUGGGCUGGAGGCGAGGUUCUCCAUGCUUCUCCAUGUGCCAGAGGGCAUCACCACCAAGGAUGAAUAUGACACCUGCUUGGGGAAGUUGAAAUUUCAGGAUGGGCUUCCAGACGAGCCGACGGUUCAGAAGGUCUAUGACAACUUGGACCGGUCCAGGGCCAUGCAUGCCUUUUUGGAUAUGAUUCCUCUGGCCUCAAUGGAGGCCAUGAGAGCAGGCUUUGCAUCCAUUGGCUGCGAUGCUUGUCACAAGGCAUGUAUCUUUGGAAGUUUGAUGGAUAGCAGAUCCUUGUGGCUCACUGCGAACACGGAUACUGUCUAUGUGGGUGCUAUGUUGGAUCUCCAGAGGGAUGGGCCCACGGUCGUUGAUGUUCCAGCCGGCGCUGGGCCGGGCAUGGUCAACGACGCCUACUUCCGCUACGUGACGGACAUGGGAAAACCUGGGCCGGACAGAGGCGCCGGUGGAAAGUAUCUGGUGUUGCCGCCUGGGCACCAAGGUGAGGUGCCUGGUGGAUAUCAUGUGACCCAGAGUCCCAGCUACACCAAUUGGGCGAUCCUUAGAGGAUUUCUGCAGAACGGAAGCCCAGAUGCUGCGGCCAAGAUGUGGAAGGAAGGUCUCAAAAUCUAUCCCUUGUCGACAGUGGGUGCUCCACCCAAGAUGGAGUUCUUUGACAUGUCGGGCAAAGAAAUGAACACGAUUCAUUCCAACGAUUUCGGUUUCUUCCUCGAGGUGAACGCAGUGAUUCAACGUGAACCCGUUGAUCUCCUGGAUCCAGAGCUUCGGGGCAAUUUGUCGGCCAUUGGAAUCAGGAAAGGACAGGCCUUCCAGCCAGAUGCGCGAAUGAAGGCUCUUCUUGAAGAAGGGGUGGCUAUUGGGAACGCCACGGCCCGCGCACUUUGCUUUGCACCACGUGAUGAAUCUGUCAAGUUCUACGGUAAAGAGAGUGAGUGGACGACCCCCUUUGUCGGUGGCGAUCACGAAUGGCUGAUUGACAAGGGCGCGGGUGGCAGGAACAUUGAUGCAAGGACUAGAUUCUUCUACUUGGCCACAGCAAAUACUCCUGCCAUGAUCAUGAAGAUGGUGGGUGUUGGUUCCCAGUAUAUCCUUGCAUUUCGUGAUGAGAAACAUGAAUAUCUUGAUGGAAGCAAAUGCUAUUCCUUGACCUUGCCUGCCAACGUGCCGGUCAAGGAUUUCUGGUCCUUGGUUCUUUAUGAUGCCCAGCACCGUUCCAUGCUGCAAACACCACAGAUAGCACCUGGCCGAAAUUCCGUGCGACAUCCUGACAUGAAGUUCAACAACGAUGGCUCGAUCACUUUAUGGUUCGGGCCCCAGGCUCCGAGUGGAAAGGAAUCAAAUUGGCUUCAAACAACUCCGGGCAAAACUUGGUUUGUGUGCCUGCGGCUCUAUGGCCCCUUGGAGUCCUGGUUCAAUCACACCUGGCGCCCCUCCGAAAUCAAGGAAGAGGAGGCUGAUCGUAAACGAAAGGCCCCUCCCUGA